ACCCCUUCUGUAUCUUGUGGUCUCCGAAAGCGCUUGCUAACCAAUGGAAAGGCAUCAGCUAGCAUAGCUAAUGCAUGUGACGCCAUUUCGGUAUUGGGUGUCUACGGGUGCCAUUGUGAGGUAUGAGCAAAGCCUUUAUAUAUUUUUAAGUACAAUAUGUGUAUGUUUUGGACCGUAGCUGCAAGACAGUAGCUGCGGUUAUACAGAGCAGAAAUUGUGCGUUAUGGAGUUUGACUUAGUCAAUGUAGCAAGCUAUAUGCUAACGGAGAUAGCGUGAGUUUUUGAAUGACACGAUUCCUUACAGGCACCUUACUAGCUUAGUCUCGUUGGUCAUUGCCUAGACGUGUGACUGAUGAAUGAAUUGUUUUGUUGAGUUGGCUGUCUCAGGUCAGGUUUUUAGUGUCCUCCGAAAUUCUUGCGCGUACAUGCAUUAUUCGUUGUCUCACUUGCAUCGUACACAACAGUAAAGUUGUCUAAGAUAUUAACCUAGUUUUUUAAAAUUCAAUAGGUACAAGCUAGCUCACUAUUGUUUGUCGGCACACUCUCAGACAGUGGCAGUUCAAGCUUGUCUAUUUGAGAAAACCCACCAUGUUUACUUUUAUGGAAUGUCGAGUUCGCAGCUAUAGUUCCGACACAGUUAUGUUCAGGUAGGGGAAUUACUUAAUGCAGAGUGGUUUGUCCAGUGAGUUAUUUCAUUGUGGGCAGUGUAAUCAUAUUUAAACUUGGUUUCACGUUUGCAUAGUCAGGACUGACAAACACUGCCUGGCAUUGUCCUGAUGCAGCUAAACCACACUUUGUCCACACAUAAGUCACAGUUAACGUCGGGGCCCAAGUCACUUAGUGCUACAUAGUAGAUCUUCUAAAGAACAGGACUAACAGAACCAGGAAGAAAAAGAAAUAGAAAGAUCAUGUAUAUUCAUGAAAUUCAUCAUGUGUGUGGUAUUGAACAUGUUGAUUAGUAACUUCUUGCUUUUAGGGUGUGUUGAAAAGGCCAAUCAAAAUGGUGAAAAUAUUCAUUGGCAACCUGUCCCCCAACACAACAACGGAGGAACUCCGUGCCCUCUUCUCUCAAUAUGGCAAGAUUUCAGAGUGCGACAUCGUCAAAAACUUCGGCUUUGUACACAUGGAUGAUAAAGCAGAGGCGGAAGAGGCCAUCCGCAACCUCCACCACUAUGAGUUAAACGGUCAGGCCAUGAACGUGGAGCUGAGUCGAGGCAAGCCCAGGGCCUCUACGAAGCUCCACGUUGGUAACAUCAGCUGCAGCUGCACCAAUCAGGAGCUGCGUGCCAAGUUCGAAGAGUAUGGCCCUGUGGUAGAGUGUGACAUUGUGAAGGACUAUGCAUUUGUGCAUAUGGAGCGAGUAGAGGAUGCCAUGGAGGCAAUCAGUGGACUCGACAACACCGCCUUUCAAGGCAAACUGAUGAGUGUGAAGCUCUCAACUAGCCGCCUGCGCACCGUGCCGGGGAUGGGAGAGAGGACGGGUUGUUAUCGGUGCGGGCAGGAAGGCCACUGGUCUAAAGAGUGCCCUUUGGACCAGAAUGGCUCCUAUCGCGAAGGAGCCAUGGGGCCCGACGAGUCCAACGGAUUCGGUCCCCCGAGGUUCGGUGGUCGCGGCCGCGGGUUCCAUCGUGGCUUCAAUGGGGCUGACCCGGGCUUCGGCGGCAGCUUUGCGCCCUCUCAUGGCAUCAGCAGGGGCGGGGCUUACGGCGGCGAGGGACCCGGUUACGGCCGGGGUGCCACGGGCUAUGAGAGCGCUAUGGGUUACGGCGUGCCUCCGGGUUAUGGCAUGGCGGCGGACCCUAGCCUGGCUCGUGCAUACGGAAGCGAAGCAGCGGCUUAUGGGGGCGCGGCAGCCAGUUAUGGUGCGGCGAUGCCAGGGUACCCUGCUCGGCGGUCCGCCUACGACGAGCGAGAUCCGUACGGUGUGGUGGACUUCUACGAGAAGUAUCGGGCGCGUCCGUACGGUGGCAGUUAUUUCGAAGAUCGACGCGCUGUUCCCAUGCCCACCCCUCCUCCUCCCACCUCCUCCAUCAUGAGGGAUCGCUUGUCCUCCUCUAGCCUUGACCCGUAUGAGCGGCGCCCCCUACCCCCUCCACCAGCUCCUGGCUCCUCGUACUACUCCCGCGAUCGAAGCCCAAUCCGACGCGUGCCUCCCGAGGCAGAGGGCUACUCAUACGAACGCUCGCGGCUCUCCCCGGUCUCCUCGCUUCCCCGGACCUCCGCGUAUGACCUGCCGCGGGAUCCCUACGCAGAACGGGCGCGCUAUGCUUAUUAGUCUCACCACACACCUUUCAGCAGCCUGUGACGCGUACCAACAUCAGUGCUGUCGCGGGGUGGUGAUUAUCGCGGACGCGUUACUUCGGUGCGUCGGUGGCCCACGA